CGGUGUUUCAAAGAGUGUCUUACAGAUGGCACAUCAACAAAAUGUCAGAUUUGUUAGUACACAAAUUAAAUGUCAAGAGACAAAAUAAGUGAAGUAAUAAAUUUUUAACAUAUUCUGUAAAAAAGCAAGUUCACUAUGAAUAAGGACAAAUCAAAUAUCAUUUUCCAAAAGAAACCCAGUUCAUUAGAAAGCAAACAUAAUCUGGUGUCUAAUAAAUCUAACUCAUCAAAUAAACGCAAAAACAGGAAAAGAAAGCGCAAUGGAUUACAUCGUAGAAAUAAAAAUAAUAAACGUUAUAAAUCUUCUAACCAACAAACGGAAGAAUUGAGUGAAAAUUUUAAAAGUGCAGAAAAAAGCACCCGAAGUUGUGCACAAACCUGGGAUAAUACUUACCAUACUAUUAUAGCUUGGCAAUUUCAACGAGAAGCGGCUUUCUGGAAAGCACACUCAGCAGAUCUAGAAAACAAGUACAAUGCUAUAUUAACGAAACUGGAAGAAAUGCAAAAAAACUCACAAAACAAUUCUAAUAGUGUCGGUGAAAGUGAUGUGCCUGUAGUACAAAACUUAUAG